AUGGUGAGGCAGAGAUCACAUGAAGGGGUUUCGAAUAAUCUUUGGAUGAUGAUUCACAGAUAUUUAGUUGAUCUUUCAGAAGACUUCACUCCAUAGUGUCUUAAAAUGAGGCUGGUCAGUCCCUAGUGGAAUAAGGUAGUCAUUUAGAUCCUUGAAAUAAAGAAAAAUAAGAAUUAUUUCAAGAACUACCCAAAUCUCAAUGAAAGAUCCCCAAGAAUAACAUCAUUAAAGGAGGAAUUUCAAUAAUAGCUGAUCACUUGGCAAGUAAAGCUAGAUUAAUUCACACAGAAUAUAAAUAUGAAGUAUGCUCGCUAUAACUUCUUGGAGUAUCAAAUGGAUAAUGGUCUCAGGAAGUAAUAUGAGGUGCUCAACGAUAUAUUAGAUUUCAUUUUUAGACCUCAUAUCAAGCCUGUUUACAAUAAUUUGGAGAGUUGUAAGAUUUAAGAUUAGUCCAGCAAGGUAAUCCCAUUUAAGAUGAAAAGAUUCUUCAAGAUCAUUAAUAUUGGAAAUUAAUCUAGUUGGUGUUGGAUUGAUAUAGGACUAUUUCGUUUAAUGACAACUGACCAAAAGUUAGAUUAUUAAUAAAUUUUUAGAAAUAAAAAGAAAAUAAAUCAGUUUCUUAAGCUUUACCAAAGUUUAUUCUCAUUAGACGAUUCAAGAGAAAUUAAUGAACUAUUUUACUAACUAGCUAAAGAUAUCAGACUAAUAAUGGAAUAUGUGCAUCAUGGAUUAUUUGCAAGUUUUUACAAUGAUUCUGACUUGCACUAAUAAGUUUUUAAAUAAAUGCUCUUUGCUAAACAAAGAGCUAAAAUUUCUAUUUUCUUGCAUUAAUUAGAUGAUACUUAAGCAUAAACAUGGAUUUGA